UAAAAUGAGCUGGAGAGUCGUGUUAAUUGUUAAUAUAUUAAACUAUGCGGAUGCUUUUAACUCUUAGGCUGCCGCACAGUUUUACUGUUCUGUCACACAGCAGUUUUUUUUUUUUGUUUUUGAAGAAGUUGUCUCUCAUCGUUUAGUCGACUGCGUUGUUUAAUAUCAGCGUGCUAACGUUAGUUUUCCGUUAGUGUAAGUUUUCAUCUGGACUUUAGCUAACCAACCGCUCCGACCGCGCGACGCCAUGAUCCCCGAAUGUCCACGCGCCGGGGACUCGAGAAGCCGGACCCGCUUCGUGUACAGCCCUGCAGCCGAACCGAGCCAGAGCCGCGGCGUCAGCGGCUUGUUGACCGAAAUCAAAACCACCAUCAGCGACGAACCUUUCACCGACCACUACACCAUCAUCCCCGGCAAAGAGCUCGGGAGGGGGAAGUUUGCUGUGGUCCGAAAGUGUGUGGAGAAAUGCACAGGCCACGAGUAUGCUGCAAAGUUCAUGAGGAAGCGACGGAAAGGCCAGGACUGCCGAAUGGACAUCAUUCAUGAGAUUGCGGUGCUGGAGUUGGCCACGGUCAGCCCCCGGGUGGUUAACCUCCACCAGGUGUAUGAGAUGGCUUCUGAGAUGGUGCUGGUCCUGGAGUUUGCCGCUGGAGGUGAGAUCUUCAACCAGUGUGUGUCAGAUCGGGAGGAUGAGGCCUUCAGCGAGGAGGACGUGAAGAGGCUCAUGAGGCAAAUCCUGGAGGGAGUCGCUUUCCUCCACCAGAACAACAUAGUCCACCUCGACCUGAAGCCUCAGAACAUCCUGCUGACCAGCAGCUCUCCUCUGGGCGACAUUAAGAUCGUGGACUUUGGUCUGUCCAGGAUGGUCUGCAGCCACCAGGAGCUCCGAGAGAUUAUGGGAACCCCAGAGUAUGUUGCUCCUGAGAUUUUAAACUAUGAGCCCAUAAGCACAGCAACAGAUAUGUGGAGUAUGGGUGUUUUGGCGUACGUGAUGCUGACAGGGAUCUCUCCGUUCCUGGGCGAGGACAAGCAGGAGACAUUUCUCAACAUUUCCCAGCUCAAUGUGAGCUACACAGAGGAGGAGCUGCAGCAGCUGGACCAGGCCGCCCUGUCCUUCAUCCAGAUGCUGCUCCUCAAACAGCCACAGGAUCGGGCCACAGCAGAGCAGUGUCUCAAACACCCCUGGCUUCAGUCCUCAGAGUCUCAGGAAACCCAGACGGCGGAGGAGAUCCUCCCAGUGGAGGACGUGGAGGCGUCCAGCACCGCCAGUAGCCCCGAGCCUCCCAGCAGCUUGGCCACAUCCGAGGAGGAACGCCCGGUGACGGAGGAGCUGAUAGUCAUGGCCGCCUACACUCUGGGUCAGUGCCGCCAGUCCUCCACCACGGAGAAGGACGCUCUGGCUGCCGAGCAGAAGGCCAUCUCUAAGCGCUUCAAGUUCGAGGAGCCCUUCAGUGCCCUGCAGGAGGUCCCCGGGGAGUUCAUCUACUGACCCCACCCGCCACAUUUGCACCACCAACCUCUGACAAUCCUGUUUGAGGAGGAAAAGUUAGUGUUGUCACGGUAACGGUAAUAAAAACCUGCUUAUUCAAACUCCCCUCAGUAUAUACCGUACGUGUAUAAUCAGAUGCUGUUGCACAGUCAAACUGAUUUUAUUUAAGAAGUUGGAUUUUAAGUGCUUUUUUUUUUUUUUUUUUUUUAAGUACCUGCUCGCUUAUUUCUCCCAUAAUGCAUCACCUUGCUCGACGCCCACCCACCCCCCCCCCACGUCCUAACACGGCAACAGUAGGUUCAUGUCACUUGUGUUUCAUUUGGUUUGCUGUUGUAAUUUUGACUUUUCUGCCGAAUAACUGGCCAAAUGUAGACAGGUGUGACACGCUGAGAUGUUUCCACGAGCUACUGUAAAUCUGGAAAUUAAACUCUGAAGAGUGAGGUCGUCUUUCUAAACCCACUCUCAACAGUCAAGCAGGGAGAAGUCCAGCACCGAAAGAGGCAGAGACAGAGACAGACAGACGCUGAAUCCAAAUAAUCCACCUUCCCGGACUAGACCUUUAAAUAUGCAAGGGUGCACGCUAAGUGCUCCAUGACUGGAUUUUAGAUGUCAGUAGAUGCCAUGGAUGUUACCACACUCCCAAAAUCUUAACAGGUAAUCCUAAUUUUUCUGAAUGCAAUUCACAUUGUCUCAAUACAGUUCAUGUUUUACACAGGAAACAGUGCUGACCAAACAAUCUCACCACAAGGUCCAUUUAAUAUUUCCUCUGGAGCAUGAACAUUGUGGUGAGAUUGUUUCGAAUAAACAAUAAAUAAAUAUUUAUUCCAUAGAUCUAAAUUGUGUCUGUUUUUCGACACUCAUUAUUUUUGUCCUUAUUAUUUUUAACGUCACAUCCAUAAGGAUGAAAAUUUGUAUGUGUG